CAUGUCUUCAAUUUUUGCAAAUUGACUUUCUUCGAUUCUCUCUCAGGGUUUUCAUCGUCCCCAAAUUUUUCCGACCUAAAUUCCGGCCGAUCAAACCACCAUGGCGUCGUCAAAGAUCAUCGUUCUCAAGAGCUCCGACGGUGAAACCUUCGAGGUUGAAGAAGCGGUGGCGUUGGAAUCCCAAACAAUCAAACAUAUGAUUGAAGAUGACUGUGCCGACACCAGCAUCCCUCUCCCUAACGUCACAAGCAAGAUCCUAUCGAAGGUUAUUGAGUACUGUAAGAAGCAUGUGGAGACAGCGAAGGCCGAUGAUAAGGCAGCUGAGGAGGAUCUGAAAUCGUUUGAUUCCGAGUUUGUUAAAGUGGAUCAAGGGACUCUCUUCGAUCUCAUAUUGGCUGCAAACUAUCUGAACAUCAAGAGCCUGUUGGAUUUGACUUGUCAAACGGUGGCAGACAUGAUCAAGGGCAAGACACCGGAGGAGAUACGCAAGACGUUCAACAUCAAGAAUGACUUCACCCCGGAAGAGGAAGAGGAGGUUCGCAGGGAGAACGCAUGGGCAUUUGAGUAAUUGUGUCUAUAAUGAAUGAAAGUAUUACCUUAUAACAUGUUUGUUACAGGGUUUUCGUGAUUUUCUUAGAAAACCAACCUUGAUUGAAGAUUAUCGUUGACUCUUGUGGUGAAAGAUGCUGCUGCUGUUCUUUAUGUUGUAUCCUGUGAAGAUUAUCAUCUUGUGUUGGUCAUUAAAUCCUUUCCCCUGCCUUUGCCUU